CUUCGCAGUAGUAAGAUUCAUAAUCUCACCGCCUGCCAAGCGCUCAUAAAACACUUUUGAAGCAUACACGUCAAAGUUUUGAAGUAAUAUGACAUCAGUAACUCGAUAUAGUUAUUUUAAACCAAACGUACGUUUUUCCUGCGUAUUAAAUUUAAAGACAUUUGGACGGUGACUCUUAUCGUAGUCGAUAAGAAGAAGCUUCGACAACAGGGAUUUAUUUUUGUACCUCAUAUGUGGACCCGGAAGUGGUGUAAUAGUUACUCUCUGUGUUUAGUUUGUGACUAUGAAUCAGGGCUGUCUGUGUGUUUUAGCACCGAUGGAAAGUUGACCGCUCGGGAAUGGAAGAUGACUCUUCCGUGCGUGUGAAUGUCACCGAGCAAAUGCCCGGUUAUACAGGACGCGACGGGGAAUCUCUCCGUGUCUCCGGCGGGAUACGAGGCACAGAUUUCGGCCGGGAUGCCCGCAGCGAGCCGAAGGUGCCGUCAACAUCUCUAUUGUUAUCAUCGAAGGACGUUUUGGAGUUUCAGAAACACAAACACGAGUCAGAAGGCAAUACUAAAGAGAAUCACGAAAGAGAAAGCAUACGAGCUGUGGAUAUUUUGAGAAGGAAUUUUGGAUCCACUGUCAGAGAUACAGAAGAUCAGGAGAAAGUGGAAACGGGAUUUGAGAUUGAACUGGAUCGUGAAUUAGAUGAUGGACAAAACCUGGAAAGUAACGUUAACUCGGGAGAUCCUGAGCUGUCAGAUCCUGAUGGGAAUCUUUAUAUUGAUUUUAAGAAACCAGAAGAAGAGCUCAAAGAGCAUGUUUACUGUACAGUGUACACUCUUGCCAAUGACAAUUAUAGGAUAGCUGUCGAGAAAACAUCUGAUGAUGACACGACUUCACCGUCGUCAUCCUCAGAUGGUUCGGUUUUACCUCCCACCGACUCAUACUUAUCGGACCACGAGCCAUAUCCAGUGCCCUAUACAGUGUCCGACCUGAUGAUGUCUGGAUUAAACAACUCUUAUAACAUCCACAGCAGUUUCUCUGUCGUGCUAACGUGUCGCAUUUGUCUCGAUGACAGACAUAUUAUGCCGCUACACUGUUGCAAAAAGGCAGUUUGUGAAGAAUGCCUGAAAAGAUACAUCAGCUCUCAGGUUCACGCAGGUCGGGUACAUUUGGUGUGUCCCAUCACGGAGUGCAGUGGUUUUUUGGACGAGACCAUGGUGGUUUCAAACCUGACCAGUGAGGAGCUUUCAAAAUACAAGUACUUUCUGGAGCUGAGCUUACUGGACUCGAGCACUAAACCCUGCCCGCAUUGCAACCUGUUUACAUCACUAAAGGGACACGGCCAACAGACAUCCGCCAAGGCCGAACACAAGUAUAAGAUUCAGUGCACAGAGUGCCAGUUUGUCUGGUGUUUUAAAUGCCAUGCACCUUGGCACGAAGGGCUGAAGUGUCGAGACUACAGGAAAGGAGAUAAACUGUUGCGUCACUGGGCCAGCGUCAUCGAACACGGGCAGAGAAACGCUCAGAAGUGCCCACGCUGCAAGAUCCACAUUCAAAAGACAGAAGGCUGUGAUCACAUGACCUGCACGCAGUGUAACACAAACUUUUGUUACCGAUGUGGAGAAAAGUACAGGCACCUGCGCUUCUUUGGAGACCACACCUCCAACCUGAGCGUGUUUGGAUGCAAGUACCGCUACCUGCCGGAGAAACCCCAUCUGCGACGGCUGGUCCGAGGCUCCGUUUGUAUGGGUAAGCUGCUGGUGGCUCCUGUGCUUAUCAUCCUGGUGGUGAUCGUGGGAGCUUUGGCUUUGGUCAUAGGCCUGUUUGCUUUGCCUAUCUACUACAUCUGUAAGAGGAGAAGGAAGAACACGCAGGGGUCAGGCCGCUGGUUGUGCUGAGUCAGACAUUUGUCACCUGCUGUAACGAUCACAUUGUGAGGUUUUCCUGUUAGCUGCAUCUUGAAUAUCCUCAAUCCCACGGUGACCUGCUCCUGUCAGAGGGCAAGCGUGACAUUGUUGGCAUGAUGAGCAAAGACGUCAUGAUCUGAGAUCGUGUUCAGGAACUGAUUUGAAUUCAGUUCGUUUUAAAAAUUGGACUGUAGGACUUGACAUAUUUAUCGCCAUUUAUUCACCCUCAUGUCAUUCCAAACCGUGUUGAAAAAUAGUCACUUUUUUCCACAUACUGUAAUGAUGAGCGAGUUACUUUUUUGUGAACUCCCCCACAUGCAUCAGAUGUUAUAAUCUGUAAGCAUUUAAUGCUCAAUGAAUGAAUCUUUACCCAUCUCUCUCUCUCUCUCCCAUCAACUGUGUACUGUGCCAACAUCCGCAGGAAUUUACAACAUCAACAAAACCCGUUUCUGUCUGCUGCACUGUGAAAACCCAAAAUUACAGGAGGAUGCAGGAUAAUGACUAACAUAUAGGUCAUCUCUGCCAUGCAAAACAAUACUGAAUCAUGCAAAGUAUUCAAGCUCCCUGUUUUUGUCAGAACUGAUGGAUAUCUGCGCAUCUAAAGCUAACCAAACGCAGAAUAUACGGUGGCGUCCAAAAGUCUGAGCGAACCAACUUCUGUGGGAUUACAAAUCAGCAAAACAAUCCGAGUUUGCUUUAAUCAUCACGACUUUGCUUAUUUCCAUAUUUUGGUCUCUUUUGAACCCGGCUGUAUCUACAGUACGUGGAUGCACAGCACAUGCAUUGAAUGUUUAUGAACUGCAAGAUUCAUCACAAUAUGUGUUUUUUCUUUCAUUUAAGGUCCAUAAGGUGGAUGCUUGACCUUUAGAUCAUUUGAACCUUGCACACUGAGACGUAGCCACUGGGCGGCACUUUGUUCAUUUAGCAGCAUGAUGCUUGAGACUAUCAUGUUUUAGCCCUGCUGUAAUAUUGCAGUGUUAAAGAUUCAUAUUCACUGUAAAGCAUUGCCAUGUGUUGGGUUUAGUUCAGUUGUUACAAAAAUAAACGGUUACUGACGCAUGCCAACAAAUAUAGGAUGCUGAGGAAUAACUUUAUUCACUCCACUAGUACAUGAUAUUUAAAUAAAAGGCAACCCCUAAAGCUCACUUUUCAGGCCAUGCGACCUGCCCGUCCCAUGUUGAUUUGAUUUAAGCUAGCCAUUAAUACUUAAAACAAAAGCUGGUCUCGAGGAGAGCCGGAAAGGUUGUAACCAUAGCAACAUGCCGGUCGCCAGGAGGAUCGAGAAAAAGAGUUUUAAAGCAUAAAGCAACUUAAUACAUUUAGUACAAAAUCUUCAUAGUGAAAUUUGGUCGUGAGCGGUUGCCAGUUCUCAUUUCAAAGUGGUUAUCAAUUGGAUUUAUAAGACAAUCAUUUGUAGUGAACGCCAUUGUUAUUCUCAGGGAGAAUUUAGUCACAAAUGUGCACUCUUGAGUUAUCUGUAUACAGGACAAAAACACACUCCACAGAAAUAUUAUAGGCGAUAGGCUGAAUGUAUCAGAAGUGCUAUCGCCGCUAGAAAGCUUGAGUGCCAAUGUGGUAUACUUUUUAUUUCACUAGACGGUGCCUUUUACAAAUGGGAUUGGAAGUUUCGUAUAGUUUGAAAGCACUCCUGCUGUGAUCGAUUUCCAAAGACAUUAUCAUAUUUGAUGAAUAUUUCUUCAGCAAUAUUUUAUUCCCGAAAAUUCACUGUAUGUGUCUGAAUCUAUAGCACAACGCCUGUGUUACAUUCACGUUUUUAAAGACGAAAUGCACAUUUGAUGUAUUUUAUUGUUCGUUGUUGAUUGUUACAUUGCUGCUGCCAUUUAUUUUCAGAGUUACAGAGUCGAUUUAGGCCUGCAGACAGCAAACGUGUGUCUUUAUGAUAUUUAAUGAAGAAUUAAACAGAUCUGCCAACA